CCCCGCUCCCGCCCCGCUCCGGCUCGGCUCGGCUCGGCUCGGCUCGGCUCGGCCUGGCCCGGCACCGCGCUCCCGCCGCCCGCCCGCACCGGCGGCUGCGCGCCUCGCCCUAGAAACCCUUCCGCUUUGCGUUCGCUCCGGAUUCCUGCGCGCUUUCCCCCGCCGUGCCGGGCAGCAUGGGGCUGCCGGCGCUGGAGUUCAGCGAGUGCUGCCUGGACAGUCCGCAGUUCCGGGAGAGGCUGCGCUCCCACGAGGCCGAGCUGGACAAGACCAACAAGUUCAUCAAGGAGCUCAUCAAGGACGGGAAGUCGCUCGUCGCCGCCCUCAAGAACCUGUCGGCUGCCAAGCGCAAAUUCGCCGAUUCCCUCAACGAGUUCAAGUUCCGCUGCAUCGGCGACGCCGAGACGGACGACGAGAUCUGCAUCGCCAAGUCUCUGCAGGAGUUUGCCACGGUGCUGCGGAACCUGGAGGACGAGCGGAUGCGCAUGAUCGAGAACGCCAGCGAGGUGCUGAUCACACCGCUGGAGAAAUUCCGCAAGGAGCAGAUUGGGGCUGCCAAGGAUGCCAAAAAGAAAUAUGACAAGGAGACUGAGAAGUACUGUGGUGUCCUAGAAAAGCACUUGAACUUGUCUUCCAAGAAGAAAGAAUCCCAGCUUCAGGAGGCAGACAGCCAGGUGGAUCUGGUCCGGCAGCACUUCUACGAGGUGUCCCUGGAAUAUGUCUUCAAGGUGCAGGAGGUGCAGGAGAGGAAGAUGUUUGAGUUUGUGGAACCUCUGCUGGCCUUUCUGCAGGGGCUGUUCACAUUCUACCACCAUGGCUACGAGCUCGCUAAGGACUUCAGUGAUUUCAAAACAGAGCUGACAAUCAGCAUCCAGAAUACAAGAAACCGCUUUGAGGGGACCAGGUCAGAGGUGGAAGCUCUGAUGAAGAAGAUGAAGGAGAACCCCCAUGAGCACAAAAACAUCAGCCCUUACACCAUGGAGGGCUAUCUCUACGUGCAGGAGAAGCGGCACUUUGGGACCUCCUGGGUGAAGCAUUACUGCACCUACCAGAGGGAGUCCAAGCGCAUCACCAUGGUGCCCUUCGACCAGAAAUCAGGAGGAAAAGGGGGGGAAGAUGAAGCUGUGACCCUGAAAUCCUGCACCAGGAGGAAAACAGACUCCAUAGAGAAGAGGUUCUGCUUUGAUGUGGAGGCUGUGGAUCGGCCCGGGGUCAUCACCAUGCAGGCGCUGUCGGAGGAGGAGCGGCGGCUCUGGAUGGAGGCCAUGGACGGCCGGGAGCCGGUGUACAACUCGAACAAGGACAGCCAGAGCGAAGGCACUGCCCAGCUGGACAGCAUCGGCUUCAGCAUCAUCAAGAAGUGCAUCCACGCUGUGGAAACAAGAGGGAUCAAUGAGCAGGGGCUCUACAGGAUCGUGGGGGUGAACUCCAGAGUUCAGAAGCUGCUGAGUAUAUUAAUGGAUCCCAAGACAGCCACAGAGACAGACACAGAGAUUUGUGCAGAGUGGGAGAUCAAGACCAUUACUAGUGCACUGAAAACAUACCUGAGAAUGCUCCCAGGGCCCCUGAUGAUGUACCAGUUUCAAAGGAGCUUCAUCAAAGCAGCAAAGCUGGAGAACCAGGAGUCCAGGGUGUCAGAGAUCCACAGCCUCGUCCAUCGGCUCCCAGAGAAAAACAGGCAGAUGCUGCACUUGCUCAUGAACCAUUUGGCAAAAGUUGCAGAUAAUCACAAGCAGAACCUGAUGACUGUUGCUAAUCUGGGUGUGGUGUUUGGGCCGACGCUGCUCCGACCUCAGGAGGAAACGGUCGCUGCCAUUAUGGACAUCAAAUUCCAGAACAUUGUGAUUGAAAUUUUAAUAGAGAACCACGAGAAGAUAUUCAGCACGGCGCCGGAGGCCCCGGCGGGCGCGACGCUGCUGCAGCCGCGCAGGAAGAGCUCGGAGCCGAAACCGCCCUCGUGCAGCGAGCGGCCGCUGACGCUGUUCCACACGGGGCAGCCCGCAGAGAAGGAGAACAGGAACAGCAUCAUCAACUCCAGCCUGGAAUCUGUCAUCUCCUCAAAUGCAAACAGCUUCCUCAACUCCAGCAGCGCUCCCCAGCCCAGCCUCAACUCCAGUGAUCUUGAACUGGAAGUAAUUAAGCCCAACAGGCCAAAUUCCCUGAAGAGCCCCUCGCAAAGCCCUCCCGAGUAAGAAGAAGGGAAAACCAUCCAGCUGACAUUUGCUGCCUGCAGCAGCAGCCAGAACUUCCCCCCAGCCUCUCACCACCUCUGCUCUUUCUGAGAAACAAAGGAAAUUGGAUCCUACAAGAAAACUGUUUUCCAAACCACCAGAGACCUCGGGGUAGCCCGUUCCUCCUGGGCACUGCCAUCCCCAGGGGCUGCUCUGGGGGCUGCCAGGGGACAUCCAGCAGCAGCCUGGAAAUAAAUCCCUGUGGUUCAUGGGAAGGAGGUGAACCCAUCAUUCCCAAAGCCUGGGAGCAGCUCAGGUGGGUCCUGAGCUGUCCCUGGGUUCUUCUUGAGGAAGUGUUCUGGAAGGACUGGCAGAGCUGCUCAGCCACUGCAGGACCAAGUUCAUCAUCCUGCCCUGAUGGGCAGGGGUGCUCUGCUCACCCCAAAGCACACCCUGGCAUUAGUGACCCCUCUCUGUGUGGGUUUGCUGGCACAGAGUGUUUGCUGUGGCACCAAGGAUCCAAGACACCAAAUCCUGCUCCAAAGCAGGGGGAACUUAGGCAGAGGCUGCCCAAGGGCUGGUCCUUGUCUCAGGCUGUUUCCCUGAUAACUCUGAAAUGCUGUGGUUGCAUUCCUGCUGUCCUGAGCAGAGUGAGCAGUUGUGGAGCAAUGACAGAGCCACCUGAGGAGGAACAAGAGCUGCAUCCUCUUGUCAUGAUUUCAUCUCAAAAACUGCAGCAGCAACUUCUGCUCUGGAGCUGUGUGCCCCUGGAUUUUCCUUCCCUUGUGCAGUGGACAGGACCAGGGCUGGUGGCAGAAACAGUGUCCAUCCCAUCCCUGGCACAGUGUCCAUCCCAUCCCUGGCACACCCAGUGCCAUGCACAGUGUCCAUCCCAUCCCUGGCACAGUGUCCAUCCCAUCCUGGCACACCCAGUGCCAUGCACAGUGUCCAUCCCAUCCCUGGCACAGUGUCCAUCCCAUCCUGGCACAGCCAGUGCCAUGCACAGUGUCCAUCCCAUCCCUGGCACAGUGUCCAUCCCAUCCUGGCACACCCAGUGCCAUGGCACAGGCUCAGCCACAUUUUGGUCACCAGCUCGUGGCCCCUCCCAGCCUCACCUUGGCCUGGCUCCUCCUGGAGCCAUCUCUUUGCAAGAACUGGUGCUUGAAGGGUGAAUUUUGGUAGUUUGGGAUGACUUGGUGACCUUGGUAGCACCUCCACUGGGGGUGGGAAUAGAUGGAGGAACUGGUAAGUCCCAAUGGCACAGGUUUGGGAAAGACCAAGGAAAACUCAUUUUUCAGGAGAGGGACAGCUUUGAUGAUGGAAAUGCUACAGGAUUGUUUUUGAAUAGUGAUGGUUAUUAGCAGGAUGUUUUGGGAAUCUGCUUGAAAGCCUGCCUGACAGCAUUCCCUGUUUCCCAGCCUCUGGUGAGGUCAUGCUGCACUCACUGCUGUAUCCCAUUUUCUGUGUGUAAUCUUCUGACACAAUAAAGGUGUUGCCUGUAAUUUCAGAGGGAAUUUAUCAGUGUCUGUUGAAUCCAGUGGCACAGCUUCUGCAGGGAGUCAAGCCAAGAGUGUGGCCUUAAGCAGAGAUGGUCCAAGGGGAAGGAUCUGUGACAUAAAUAUCCCCCUGUGGUGGCAGCCAGAGGACACUGGGGAAGGUGAAACGUUGGUCUGAGCAACUCUAGGGCUGAGGUUCUCCCCCUGUUCUGGGGCCACCAGUCCCUGAAUCCCUUCCCUGUGCCCCAGGAGCCCCAGCUGUGGGAUACAGACCUGUGUGAUCAGAGGUGCUGUCCCUCCCUCAAGGAGAAAACAUAAAUCAUGAUGCUUUUACAGAACUAAUUGUUUUUACAGAGGCAUUUACAGUGGGGAGAAGGAUUUCUGGUGUUCUGUCAGGGAUGGAGUUUCUAAUCUGAGUAGGAUGGGGAAUACAAAUAAGUUACUAAGCAGAGCAGCAGUAAAUGAAUCAAACUGGUAUUUUAGUACAAUAAUGGCUUUUUGGUGAACCUGAGAAUGACCUGAAUCGAACAGUUUGGAAGGACCCAAAAACUCCUGUGUGCAGUUACAAGUUCAGUAACUCAGUCCAGCUGCAGUUGACAGCUGUGGCUUCAGGAAUCAGCACAAGGGGAAAGGGGAUGUAAAACAAAAUCAGUGGCAUUUUUAUACAGUGAAUGUGUGAGUGACAGACAGAGGGGUGGAGGCUGUUCACAGUCAUCAUUAAGGUCCAGAAAUCCCAGGAGCAGUUUCUGGCAGCCCUGGGGGAAGCAUGGGGCAGGUAAGUGGUGCAGCACAGCCCUGGGCACAGGGCAGAGCACUGGGGCUCGCUGCAGAUCAGCUCUCAUUGCCCAGCCUUGAGGCACUUCCCAAGGCCCUGGUGCUUCGUUUCCUGGCUGUGUCUCACUCUCAGGACAUUCCCAGCACUGUCCUGGGCUGUGUGUGUGUCAGUGCUGUUUGCUGCUGUGCUUGCCUGCUGAUCAGCUCUCUGGUUAUGUC